CGGCAUAAAAGCGUGAGGCUGGAUUGGGACAGGACGCGCCCAAAUCUCAGCUGAUUCGGAUGGCUUGCUCUUGCUACGUCUCCAUGCAAUCAUUUGCUCGCAGCCGGGCUCCCCGUCUUCUUCUCGCGAGCUCCUUCAGGUGCUAGCUACAAGCAGUAUGUAUCAUCUGGAGACCAUGGACGACUCCAGCUUGUUCAUGCAGUGGGCCGUGGACACGCUGCAGCACGAGCACCCGCCGCUCGCCGCUGCCUACGCCGCCGGCGACAACUUCCCAUCACUGGAAGAGCUCCGCCGCUCGGCGUUGCAGCACGGCACGGCUCCGGCGGGAAUGGCGGUGCAAGAUGGCCACCGUCACUUAGCCACCGAUAGCUGGAGCUCUGGCGACAGCGGCCAUGAAAACACGUCUGCCGCGGUCGUGGAGAACGACGCCAACUGCGCGACGACCUGCAGCGUCGGCAGCAGCAACAACUACCUGCCCAUGAGCUGGAACUUCACCUCGGCCGUGGCGCAGCCGAGCAACGAGGCGGCGCCAAGCCCCGCCACCGCUCCCUCAGCUAGAGCGCUCGACGGCCCCGGCGUGGUGGAGCAGGCCCACGUGUCGCCGCCGUCGAGGAGAGCCUCCGCCAAGAGCGCCGCCAGGGCCGGGCACGCGCCGUACGCGCAGGACCACAUCAUGGCGGAGCGGAAGCGCCGGGAGAAGAUCAACCGGCGGUUCAUCGAGCUCUCCACCGUCAUCCCCGGCCUCAAGAAGAUGGACAAGGCGACGAUCCUGUCGGACGCCGUGAGGUACGUCAAGGAGCAGCAGGAGAAGCUCAGGGCGCUCGAGGACCGCAACCGCAGGAGCGCCGCCGUCGACUCGGUGGUGCUCGUCAAGAAGUCGCGCGCCGCCGUGCCGGAAGACGAUGACGUCGGCGGCUGCUGCCCGUCACCAUCUGCAGGGGCGGUAGCCGGAAGCACGACGGCGACGACGACCGGGAGCGCGCUGCCGGAGAUCGAGGCGAGGAUCUCGGAGAGCGACGUGAUGGUGAGGAUCCACUGCGAGGACGCCAAGGGGGUGCUCGUCAGGCUGCUCGCCGAGGUGGAGGGGCUACACCUGAGCAUCACCCACGCCAAUGCCAUCCCGUUCCCCGCUUGCACUCUGAUCAUAACAGUUACUGCAAAGGUGGACGACGGCUUCAGCGUCACGGCGGAGGACAUUGUUGGCAAGCUAGAGGCGGCGUUGCCUGCAGCCACGUGAUAGGGGCUCCGGGAGAGGUCAAGGUGCAAGACACACGAAGCGCUUCGUUCAAACAUGCUGGAAGAGUGUCCGUCACGGCAAAUUUCGUGCAGAGAUCACGGCAAAUUUCGUGCAGGGAUCACGGCAAAACUGUCUCGCCAUGCAAAUAAAUUACUUCUCGUCACGCGCGCAUGAUGCAACGAGUGCAUCAGGCCAUAGAAUAAUGAGAAAAGUGUGUUUUUGUUCCGACAAGUUCCCAAAAGUAUAGACUUUGCCCCUCAAGAUAUCUUGAUAGACAUUUGGUCCUUCAUCAAGUCUCGAAACAGGAUAAAUUUCGUCCAAAACCAUAUUUUGAACAUGUUGACCGGAUAUGACCACCA